GAGUUACUCACAGAUAUUUGAUAGUGCAGGGUGUAUUGAAUCUCAAGAAGAUAAUGUUGCAGAAGAAGAAAACACAGUGGCUAACAACUCUACAUUGUACCCAAGAUGUACUCUGGAAUAUGCUGUCACAUUACUAAGUCACCAUGUGGUGGAUCGAAUACAUAUGGACUACAAUAAAGACAAUGGUGAUGAUUAUGAUGAUCAGGACUAUCAACGUGUGAAUAUUUUAAGGUCAACGUUCUGGAAAACUGCUGUUAGAGCCAUAAAUCGACCAGAUUUCCUCCCAAACAAAUUAAUUAAAGUGUCAUUCAUUGGAGAAAGUGCAGUGGACGAUGGGGGGCCCAGAAGGGAAUUUUGUAGUUUAUUAAUAAAUUCUGUAAAAACCUGUGGCGUGCUUGAAGGCAAGGAAAACAAUCUGAGCUUUUCUCAUGAUUUGCGCUUUCUUGCUGAAAGAAGAUAUUUCACUGCAGGAAAGAUGGUUGCUAUAUCUCUUUGCCAUGGUGGUCCCGGAUUACACUGUUUGAGCCAAGCAACAUUCCAAUAUAUGGCAAGAGGGUGUGUAGAACAACCGAUAGCCAUUGAUGAAAUUCCAGAUUAUGACAUACAGCUGAUAGCCAAACAGAUCCAGUCUAGUGAGACUAAUGAGGAACUCAGAAUAGCUGUAUCGCGUAUUGGAGAAGAAAGUGUCGCUAAUAUCACAGGAUUUACAGAUCCGAUGAGUACAAUUACAUUGGAUAUGAAGGCUCCCAUUCUUGAAAAUCUCACUACACAUCACUGUGUUUAUAAAUCCAUACCUGAGAUAAACCAAUUUUUAGAUGGAAUGAAUGUUCUGCACAUAGCAGACUUGGUAAAGGCCGAACCAGGAUCUAUGGAGCACUUCAUGUGCUUGAGUAAAAAGCUACUCCCAUCAGCUGACUACUUAAAAUCAAUCCAUGUGGAAUAUAGUCCAAGUGGCUCAAAUAAAAGGAUAGAAGAAGAAACUACCAUCUACUAUUGGUUUGAAUUUAUUGAUGAAUGUGCUAAAG